AUGGCUCCGAGAAUUUUUGUCACCGGCAUCACUGGGUAUAUUGGCGGCCAGGUUAUUGUCCACUUGUACCGGAAACACCCUGAAUUAGAUAUUACAGCACUUGUGCGCAAUGAAGAGCAGGAAAAAAACGUCAAGGCGGCUUUCCCUCAAAUAAAGACUGCGAUCGGUGAUCUCAAUAGCAUUGAUACCAUUGUUAAAUUGAGUGCGGAAGUGGACAUUGUCCUUCAGUGCGCCUCCGCAGACCACCCUGUAGCGGCCGCUGCGAUCAUCAAAGGCAUCAGAUCCAAACCAGCAGGCAGUCCCCCAGGAUUCUGCAUACACACCUCAGGUACAGGGAUCUUGGGAGACCCCUCCCAGGGCUAUGGGCUUCCACCUGAUAGGGUGUACGACGAUAUCGCUGAUAUUGGCGUAAUCACUUCGUUCUCGCUGGAACGCUGGCAUCGGAAUGUUGACAAGAUCAUCCUGGAGGCGGCCGUGAGCGACCCAGUAGACAAUCCAAAAAUCAAGACGGCAAUCGUCUGCCCACCUACCAUUUACGGCAAGGGGAUUGGUCCAGUUCGACAGCGCAGUGUCCAGCUUCCAUGUCUAGCAAAUGCCUCUCUUCGCAGGGGAAAAGCGCUGUGCGUGCAUCAGGGGCAAAACGAGUGGAGAAAUAUUCACGUCGCCGACUUGGCCGACGCGUACGUUAUCCUUGUUGAGAAAGCUCUGAAAGGGGGUGGAGGGGCAGGUUGGAAUUCUGAAGGGUACUACUUUGUUGAAAAUGGGCAGCAUAUUUGGGGGGACCUGGCAAAAGCCGUUGCUGCCGAUGGAUUCAAAAAGGGAUAUCUAACAUCUGCUGAUGUUGAUCAGCUCUCCGAGGAGGAAUGCCUUAGGCUUCAAGGCGAUCCUACUCCAGGGCCUGCAAUUUGGGGAACGAAUUCUCUGGGAAUUGCAAGUCGCAUCCGUACGCUGGGCUGGGAGCCACGUCAACAGUCUUUAUGGGAUUAUGUUUCAGAGGCAGUUGAUAUAGAGGCCAAGGCUUUAGGAAAAUCGGGCUGA